AUGUCACAUACAGGUGGCGAUAUUGGAGAUAACAAUUGUUCCCUGCAUGCUUGGAGUAGGACUCCAGAUACAAAUGCAGGUGGCGAAAUUUGGCCGAUAUUGCCAGAUUCGUCUACCUCGCGUAAACCUGAGUCUUCGCAGUGGCCAACUCCUGCCGAAUUAGUUGGGGGCUCCAGAGGAGAUGCCUUCUCCGAUUUCUCGCUUUCGAAUACGUGGAGUGCUCCUGGUACGGCAUUGGCGCUCCGGUCUUUAGGUGAUACUGAUGACCAGCCUGAUUCCUGGUCACCUGUCGAUUCAGCUCGAUCCGCCAACACAGUCGAACCGGUAGCUGUGCCUCGCGCUAUAACGGGUGGUGGAAACGUUUCAGUGGGUGACACUGCAUUUAAUUCGCGCCAACGUGUCUCCAGCGUUAGCAGCAACAAACCCCGUGGUGAAAGUUUCUCUAGCUGGGGUUCCCAACCUGAGGGAGAUUUCAAUGCAUUUUCUAACCAAUUACCGUCUACCUCUGAAAGCAAGAUGCCCAAAAACUGCUCACAGUCUGGGGAAGGGUCCGCUCCUGUUUGCUCAAGCGCUAGCGAAUCUGGUAAUCACACUGAUGGCCUUUGUGAAAAUGAGACAAUAUUAAAAGCGCUGGUCAACACCAAAGAAUGUUGGGGCCAGCGUCCUGUUGACCAAUCGACUCCUUGGGAUACAACUCUCACUACUGAUGACUCCGGCGCGGGGUCUGCUGUGGCUUUCAACGCAUCAGGGAAUCAGACCUCGACUGGGUUGCUUGGUGACGCAGUUUCUCUCGCUUUGAAACAGAGACGUGGAAUUAAGGGAGCUGGAAGUAACUUGGUUCCAAAGCAGGGCACAUCUCUUGAAUCUAAUGUUUGGUCCAGUGAACCACCAACAGGGACCUCUAUCUGGGAAACACACUACGAGACUUUGGGCGAGCGAACAGCUCGUUGGAAACAAACUGCUUCCACAACAUCUGGUACUUCGAGGCUUGCGUCUGACGUUAAUUCUCCUCCAGGAACCCAUCGUCUCGUUCCCUCGUUUAUAACCCAACCCCACCCACUUCAGCCUUCUCCUGUCCAACAACAACAGCAGUCACGUCCAUUCCCAACCAGCUUUUUCCCCCAGCAGCCGCAACCAAGGUUCGGUCAGACACCAGGUUCUGGUCGCGGUCCAAAUGGGAUUCUCGGAGGCACCAGCAACUUCAAACCCCUUCAAUCAGCUGCUCCGGGCUCAUCAGGCUGGCCACUUCCACUAAGUACUGAUAGUUCAAGUCCUAUAGAUGACCCGAAACGGUUUAUAGCGCCUACAGCGUCGUGGAGUUCCGAUGGUCAGGCGGGUCGAACUAUCAGCAAGCAACAGGUAUCACUGGGUGAAUGCCGUUGGCCCCCCUCCUCCAAUGAUAAUCCCUGGCAGACAGGCACGACUGCAGUAGAUCCUCGAAAGUUAGUCCCCUGGCCUCAACAGGCAGCAUCCGCACCUCAGCGCUUUCAUCUUCGCCAAAAUGCCUCCAUUCCUCCAAUUCGUCUAUUAACACCGAAUCCAAUCCCUGCUGGCGCUGCCACCGCCCUGCGCACUGACAUUGCCCGUCAACUCAUGGUUCUAGGCUUUCAUGACGAGGCUGGUGCCCUCUUCAACGACCACACCAUUGACGACGUAGAAAGAUUUCUCUUUGAAUUGCGGGACCGAACGGGUGGCGCGCACCCAGGCCUUAAUCAACUCAUAAACUCAGUUUCUGCUAUACUCAUGGCAGCUUCCGCCUCAGGCUCUGCACCACCAGCCGAUAUGCAACAGCAGCAGCAGCAGCAGCAGGCACCAACAUUUGACAUAUUUGAUACUCGGGCUGCGGCUGCCGCCGCUGCAGCCGCUUUUCACAUGAACAAACCUCACUUCCCAGGGCGACAGCACCCUGCACCGCCACCACUUCCACCGGGUCAACACUCGGAUUUCCUUAAUCAGUUGCUUAUGCGAGAGAGCCAAUUGCAGACGACAAUCAUGCAGUUGGAUAAAAAACGAAGGCCGGACACUUCUUUUCAGGAGCUCAUCAUGAAGCAUGCGCAAUUGCGGAAAAUGAAUAUGGGUGGUCCAACAGCCCACCAUUCCAAUUCGAUGCUCCAGGAGAUCCUGAUACAGCAAUCCCAGGUCUCCCAGCAGAUCGAAGUUCAGGAAGCCUAUUUGAACCAGGUUCACGGCCAGAUCGCCCUACUGAAUCGGGUGGCUGCAGUCAGCGCUGGCGGAGGUGGCGGUGGUAGCAACAACGAUGAGGCGGCCAUGCUUAUGCGGAUGCGCACCGCACCGAUCCCUCCUCCUCCUCCUCCACCCACGUCCAUCACUCCCGCCAGUUCCGUAAGUCGCCUAACCCACCCGAGCGGCUUUGGCGGUGGUGGUGGAUCCCGCGGCGGCGGUGCCAGUGGCCUCAUGCUCAAUUCCCCUUCCCCUCCGGCGGACUUGGUUUCGAAAAUGGCCGACAUGAAACUAUGCAUGGAUAUGAGUCGUCGAAUGCCCUGGGAAGGUGGUGGUAGUGGUGGUGGCGUGUGGGACGCCCCGGCGCAGCCGCAGUUCCCUCACCCGUCUAGCGGUUUCCCCAACACUGAUCUUUCCUCCAAUGUCUUUCCUCUCACCUCUGCGAGUCCCUUGGGUGGUGAUCGUCGCUGGGCAGUCGGUCCGCCUCAGCCACCGCACGCUACCACUGAUUUCCACCAGUCCACGCCUCCCAAUGUUGACAGAGCCAUUUGGAGUGCCUCGUGGCUCCUCGUAUCCGACAUAACCCCUCAAUUCUCGCUGGAAGUUCUCAAAGUGACAAUUUUGGCGGCACUUGAACAGCAACAGCAACUUCAAAACGGGGUUGCCAAUGAAAGUAGCCCCUACGGUAACUUCGAAGUGCAUCCUAACCUGCCGGCUCGCUAUGUCCUCGUCGGUUUCGUAAACGCACAUGAUGCCAGUGCUGUUUCGGCCUUCAUUUCGAACAAUGGGUUCAAACUGGCUGGUACCCUAUCGGUUAUAGGUCCUGCAGAGGCUGUUGCCAAGUUACAAGAAAUCAAAAGUUUGGCUUCACAAGCAGACGAAGACCUUCAGUCGCAGUGGCCCGACCAAUUAUCAUCUGCGCCCGGAAGCCGCGUCCUGCAGAAAGCUGGCGCUACAGUCAAUGUGUCUUCAAACGAGUAG